AUGCUUCCACAGUUCUACCAGCACAUCCUGGCCUUGGUGUUUGCAGUCAAUGAGAUCAACGAGAACCCCAAGAUCUUGUCUAAUGUCACUCUUGGGUUCCACAUCUAUGACAUCUGCAAUGAUGCGAAGGUGACCUUUCGCACCACUCUGGAUCUGUUGUUCAAAUUGCACAGAUAUUUUCCAAACUAUGAAUGUGAUGAGCAGAAAAAUGUCAUGGCCGUCAUCGGGGGACUUGAGCCUGACAUGUCCUUCUAUAUGGCGAAUAUCCUACAUCUUUACAAGAUUCCACAGAGCCUGCCCAUAUCUCUCUGUAAUGACAAGGGCAAACCAGGAAAUCAGAAGAGAAAGAGGGAAGGGGAGAAAUUUUGCUGCUAUGAUUGUAUUCAGUGCCCAGAAGGGAAGAUCACAAAUCAAGAGGAUAUGGAGAACUGUAUCCUGUGUCCAGAUGCUGAAUAUCCAAGCUUGGAGCAUGAUCGAUGUAUGCCGAGAUGUCUAAGUUUUCUGUCUUAUCAAGAACCUUUAGGGAUCACCUUGUCUGCUACUGCUUUUAGUUUUUCAUUGAUCACCUCUUGGGUUUUGGCAGUUUUCAUUAAACACAAAGACACCCCCAUAGUUAAGGCCAACAACCGAGAUAUCACCUUCGCUCUCCUGGUUUCCCUCCUGCUCUGCUUUUUGUGUUCCUUGCUCUUUAUUGGACAGCCCAGGAAGGUGACCUGUUUCAUCCAACAAUCAGCUUUCAGUCUCGUCUUCUCAGUGGCUGUUUCUUGUGUCUUGGCCAAAACCAUCACUGUGGUUGUCGCUUUCAUGGCUACCAAACCAGGAUCACCCAUGAGGAAGUGGGUGGGGAAAAGACUGACCACCUCUGUUGUCCUUUCCUGUUCCCUGAUGGAAGCAGCCAUUUGUGUCGUGUGGCUAGCAACCUCUCCCCCGUUCCCAGAUUUGGACACACGGUCCCUGACAAGAGAAAUCAUCGCCCGGUGCAAUGAAGGAUCCGUCUUCCUAUUUUAUACCGCUUUGGGCUACAUGGGACUUCUGUCCCUCAUGAGCUUGACUGUGGCUUUCCUAGCCAGACAUUUGCCGGACAGCUUCAACGAGGCCAAGUUCAUCACCUUCAGUAUGGUGGUGUUCUGCAGUGUUUGGUUGUCUUUCAUUCCAACCUACUUGAGCACCAAAGGGAAAUACAUGGUAGCUGUUGAGAUCUUCUCUAUCUUGGCCUCCAGUGCUGGGUUACUGGCCUGCAUCUUUUCCCCCAAAUGCUACAUUAUUCUUCUGAGACCUGAUCUAAAUAACAGGAAUCAGCUGAUUAGGAGGAAGAACAAUUAAAACCAUUCUAAUAUACCUGUCCUAUAUUGUGUAUAGAAAUA